GCAGUGCAUCUACAUCUGCAGUACCACCUCAGCAUACAUCAUGCAGUGAAGUGUGGCGCUUUAUCUACGGGACAAAUAGACGCCUGAACAACUGCUGCAGUACUGUAUAGUUGAAACCAGCUCCUGGAUAGAAGAAUGCAUUUUAGCGUUGGGAAAUCUCCCCUUUAAAGUGAGAAGCAGUGUGAGAUGACUGAAAGUGUAUCCACAAUGGAUAACUCUGAGGAAGAGGAGGAGUUCUAUGAUGCACAAGAUGUCUUCCUUGAGCGUUACUGUGAGGAAGGAGACUCUCCUGCAACACCCCAGUCUGACUAUGUUCCUCCACCAGAAGUAACAGUUCUCCAUGCUGGCACUGAGACUGUUUCUCUUGGCUUGACACCCACUGAUUCAUCUGUUAGGUAUAAACUACAUAUAGUUUACUCCUGUGACACACAUGGAGGAAGUGUGAUUGUGGAAGAAUCCAGCACUGUAAAUGUUGAUGGACUGCAUCCUGGGACUGAGUAUACUUUCAGAAUCACAAGGAGAGCAGAAAAUGGAAAUCAAAGUGAAACAGCUUCUGUAUCUGUCCUCACAGAGCCCAGCCCUCCUGUGCAGAUAACAGUCUAUCAGGUCAACAGUGAGUCACUUUCUCUGAGUUGGGACACUCCUGCUGGUGAAGUGGAGAGCUACAUUGUGACUUGUUGCAGUGAAGAAGAGAGCUGUGUGCAAGAACUGACGACGAACACAAACAGUCUGACUUUCAGCAGCCUGAAUCCAGGGGUGUGUUACUCCCUCCAAGUUUCUGCACAGCUGAAGAAUGGAAGAAGAAGCAAGCCAACUGUAACAUCUUCCCGCACUAAGACACACCUGGAGAGCUUAUUGAAGGAUCUGGACUUGGAGCAGCACUACAGUGAGAAGUUAUCCCUGAGCACAAUACUUCAGAUUGAUGAAAAGACCAUGAGUGAAGAACUUGUUAAGUGUUAUACUGACCUUCCAUGGUAUUUUCUGAAGAAACUGAUGAUGGUUAAUGUGACAGCUAGAAAUGUAAAAUAUACAUCAGCAUAUGAUUCAACCUGUGAUGCUAUGUCAGGGAAUACAGAGUUUGAUCUUGACAAUCUGGUCAACAGUCCAUAUUCAGGUGACAUUGUAAACCCCCUCGACAUAAUCAAUGCUCUCUUUCUGUGUUCUGAUGGUUUUGUACAGCAGGAAAUUGCACUCAAAAUGUCUAUGUGUCAGUUUUCUGUGCCUCUGCUGCUUCCUAAUUGUGACACAAAACAGUGCACACUCAUGCUGUGGGCAAUGAGAGACAUUGUUAAAAAGUACAGACCUCAGUCCCUUUCUGAAUCCAAGGGCUUCAUUGAAGACAGAGUUGUUCUCUCGAAUCUUCCAAUGAUAUCUUUUGUGAGACUGGGUGAAUGCUCCUUGUCUAAGUCAGAGAUUCUCAAUAAGCUUUUGAGCAAUUCUCAGCAGUACCAUGACACCUUUGUUCACCACAAUAUGGAGUGUGGCGACAGUCCAAGAAGAAUAUCCAAUGGAUUGGUUGAAAUUACUUGGUACCUCCCUUGUGGAAACAAAAACAUGGAUCUUUUCAGUGAGCCAGUCACUGUAGCUAAUCUCCGUGGGGACAUUGCUUCAUUUGAAACACAAUACUCCUUUUUGUGUCAAACAUCUGCUGCAGUUUUUGUAUUCUUUGACGAUUUGGAUUCUGAGUGCAGGCUACUGACCAACCAACACCACAAGGCACAGAUCUUCUUGGUGGGCAACCAUCAAAGCAAGCGGUUCAGACUAGAUGCUCUGAAAAAUGUAGCAACCAAGUUGGGAUUGACUAAAAAUGUCAUAUUGAAGACUAAACAGAUGAACGAUGCAGAUUUUAUCAAAAAUAUGCGGAAAAUAGUCAGGGAUGUAGUUGAGAAAUCAGAGAUAAAGAUUCCAAUAGAGCAGAUGGCUGACAUUGCCCAUGAACUGGGAAUCUUGGUUGAUGAAGAAUCUCCAGAGUGCCAGACUGCCAAGAAAAAUGCAGAUGCCAUCACUGCAGAAAUUCAAGAUACCCUUGAAUACAAAGAAGUUCAACUUCCCUUGCAAGGUCACACAUGGAAGGAACUGACUCGCUUAGAGAAAGAAGAAUUUCGGCUUCGAAAAGUUGGAUCUGAAAACAUAGAAAAGUACAAAAGUGAUCUUCAGGUAGAGAAAAGAAAACUUCGGAAAAAACAGAACUCUUAUGACAUGUCAAACGCUAUGACAUGCUUCAUUGAUGCAAUAUCAAGCCCAAGGAUAGAGAGGUCCUAUUUCCUGAAAUGGAUGCGAAUUAACCUUGAUAACCUGUCUCGAGAAAAACUGUCUGAUCUCAGGGAGCAGUACAAAAAGAAAUGCCAAAAUUCUGAAAACAAAGAGGAGAUUAAAGACAUUGACAGAAAACUUUCCAACAGCUCACUGGGGACUGAACACUUCUUCCGUGAGAUGGGUCAAAUCUAUGAAGCUUCAGUUUCUCUUCCAGAAACAGACCCAUCACGUCAACAAUUACAGCAUCUUCCAAAACUCUGUGCAGGAUUGUUACUUGAUGGCUUUCCUCUUGAGCUUGUUGAUGGAGAUGCAUCCAACAUACCUCUCAGAUGGGUGAGUGAUGUUCUCUCUCAGCUCAAUGCCUUGGUGUCUCCUAAGAGCAAGAUAUUGGUGGUCACAGUUCUUGGAGUUCAGAGCACAGGAAAGUCCACUCUUCUUAACACAAUGUUUGGAGUACAGUUUGCAGUCAGCAGUGGUCGAUGCACUCGAGGUGCCUUUAUGUUGCUCAUCAGAGUAAAUGAAGAUGUCAAAAAAGUACUCAACUGUGACUUCAUGGUGAUCAUUGACACCGAGGGCUUAAAGUCACCAGAGCUUGCACAACUGGAUAAUAGCCAUGAGCAUGACAAUGAGCUCGCAACCCUCGUUGUGGGGCUGAGUGAUAUCACCAUUGUCAAUAUUGCAAUGGAGAACUCAACAGAAAUGAAGGAUAUCCUACAAAUAGUUGUGCAUGCUUUUCUCAGGAUGAAAGAGGUAGGCAAAAAGCCCAAAUGUCAGUUUGUUCACCAGAAUGUGUCAGAUGUUUCAGCCCAUGAGAAGAACUUACGAGACAGGAAACUGCUCUUGCAACAGUUAAAUGAGAUGACCCAGGCAGCAGCCAAAAUGGAAAAGAAAGAGGAGAACAAGAGCUUCACUGAUGUGAUGGAGUACAGUCCAGACACUGGGAACUGGUACAUUCCUGGACUCUGGAAUGGAAACCCACCAAUGGCACCAGUCAAUGCAGGGUACAGUGAAGCUGUAUAUGAGCUCAAGAAGAACAUCAUCCAAAUGUUGGGAAAUUGUAACUCAUCUGCUAACAAAAUCUCUGAGUUUACAGAGUGGAUGUCAAGCCUGUGGACUGCAGUAAAGCAUGAAAACUUUAUCUUCAGCUUCAGAAACAGCCUAGUGGCUGAUGCCUACAUGAGGCUUUGCACAAAAUUCAACAAAUGGGAAUGGGAAUUCAAAAAAGGCAUGUACACCUGGGUCACAGAUGCUGAAACAAAAAUUUCCAAUUUUGGUAAAUUUGCUUCGAAAUCUGGGAAACAUGACAUGAGAGAACUUCUCACAAGUUUGAAAAAUGAAGCUUGCACAGUGCUGUCUAAAUGGGAGACAGAGCUUCUUGAGAAUCUGACACAGUACUUCAAGCAAACAGAGGGUCAUGUCUACCUGGUUGAAGGAUACAAAGAGGAAUUCUCAAACAGUGCAAAAAGCCUUCGAGGAGAAAUGGAAAGGUCUGUGGUUAAUCAGCUCGAAGCAGCAGCUGACAUCAGACAGGGAAUGGUAAAGCUGGAUAGUAUCAAGGAGAAUCACACAAAACAAUUAGAGAAGAGAGUGUGUGCAUUAAUUGAAGAAUGUCAGAAGAAAAAAGUCAAGAUGACAGACAAAGAGCUAGACAAAGAAUUUGAUAAGAUGUGGACUAAAAUGGUUGAGGAACUAUCCUUUUCUAAACAAAAGGCUUCAGAUGUCUGCACUAGUGUGUCUCACUACCUGAGAACAAAUCUCUCACAUAAGGGGAGUCGUGCAUGUCAAUUAUUAAGCCAAAAAAGUCUGCAAGAUUGUGGACUUGAGGCUUUUAAAUAUACAGCUGAAGGAUUCUUUAACCGAUGUAAAGAGUUAUUCAACAUUCAAGGUCACACAAUCGCUGCACAAAAAAUGGCUGACAGCAUCAUAGCUGCUUGCACACAGUUUGUAAGUGAAAAAAUGAAAAGAAAAGCUAAUUACCAUAACACUUACACCCAGGAGAUCCUACACAUGAUUGAUGAGAGGCUGCAAACCAACAAAGAUCUGAAGACAGACAUUGACUUUGAAGUUUCUUUAAAACAGCACAUCUGUGGAAUUGCAACCAGGGAGUUUCAGAAAAUGCAUGAGGAUUUCUUACAUGUGAAUGAUCCCUACAGAUGUUUGACUCAAAACAAAGAAAAGUUUCGUGCAGAUUUCAAAGAUGUGUUCAAUAAACGAGACCAGUGCCAGAAGAAGGCAGAAGAAUUCACCGACCGAUGCUUGAAGCCUGCAGUCAAAGACUUUGUCAACCGCUCCUUGGGUCCUGACAUCAUUGAUGAAAUGCAGACAUGCAAACAGUUCAGCACCCGGAUGUUCUUCCAGUAUGCAGUUUUACUGGAUUUGCUCUCCAAGGAUGACUUUGAAAAGUAUCUGAGCUACAUUUGCUCAUAUGAGGAUUAUGUAAAGAAAUGGAUACUCAACCAAAUAAUGGAACAUUUCUCCAACCCGUCUACUGUGUUUGAGUUUGAAAAUCGACAUCUUCAGUCAAGUAUCAGUAGCAUAAACAAUGCCAUGAAAAAGGCCAAAACAGGAGAGAGUGGCAACUUGAAGACAUUUGUUGAAGAUAUCUGCACGAAACUUGAUAAAUUGGUCAUUUCCCAGGAUGCUCUUGGUGCAUUCAUGAUCCUGAAUAAUGCUGACCAGGAACAGUUUGCUCACUGGCUCACGGAGUGCGUGAAGGACAUGGCUCAAGCUCUUAGAGAGGAGUUUAAAAAAUCAAACAUCGAAAUGAAACUAAUAAAUCUCCACGUGAAGCCUCAGAAUGAGCUUUUCGCCAAGUUGAUUGGAUGUGGUAAACAGUGUCCAUUCUGCAAAGCGCCUUGUGAGGCAGGAGGAAAAGCACAUACUGAGCACUUUGCUUCACUACAUCGGCCGGAGGGUCUUGGUAAAUACAGGUGGAAAGCCACAAAAAAACUUGCCAUUGACAUAUGCUCUUCUGCUGUGAUCAGUGAUGUGAAUUUUUGCUGCAAUGCUACUAAGGGUGAAUGGCACCCUUACAAGCGUUACAAAGAAAUUUUCCCAGACUGGAAAAUUGCUCCAGAUGUAAGCCUUGAGGCUUCAGACUACUGGAAAUAUGUAAUGGCAAAGUUCAACGAUGAGUUUGCUAAAGAAUACAAUGCAAAUCCUGCUGAUAUUCCUUCAGCUUGGAAGGAUAUCAAACCUGAGCAAGCAGAAGCAAGCCUGAGUGAGUCAUUUAACAACAAAUAGGAGACUACUAACAUUUCCUCCUCAUGUGAUUUGAUGUUACAGAGGUAGAAGUUUCUUUAAAACAGCACAUCUGUGGAUU